GUUAUAUAAUUAUUUAAGCCAAAGGAAAUGUUUGAGAAAUACUUUAAGUCAAUCCUCAUGUCUGCCCUAGGAGAGUUCAUAGAGGAUUUUACUGAUAAGGACGUUAAGAUAGACAACUGGAAUGGAAAAGUCAUUAAAGAGAACCUUAUACUUAAGAAAACUGCACUGAUGAGACUUUCGAAAUUAAUAGGACUCCCUCUGGAAGUCACUGAUGGAUACGCUCAGACUUUAAUGGUCCGAAUCCCAUGGAACAGGCUAUGGAAAGAACCUAUAGAAAUUUUAGUCGAGAAUGUCUAUGCAAGCUGCAAUGUUACAGCUGAAUACUCUCAAGAGUUUGCUGAAGAUAUGCUUCUUCAACACAAAGAUAGGAUCAUAAAUAAAAUUCUGAAAAACAUCAAGCAGAAUCAAGAAGAGAGUAAAGAUGAGAAGAAGAGCAGUGGUCUCUUGUAUGGAUACGUCAAGACCAUCCUUGACAACAUCAAGAUAAAAGCUACCAAUAUUCAUCUUAGAAUUGAGGAUAUGGAAGCUUCAAUGAAGAACAAAGCCUUCAGCUUUGGAUUCAGAUGUGAUCUUAUUGAAUAUAGCAGGGUAACCAAAAGCGGAGACGAAAAUUUCGACAAGAAUGGAGAGAAAGCUGUUAUUCCUAAGCUGAUCCUUAAUGGACUUGCUGUCUAUUGGAUGACAAUGGAUAACUACAUUAUCAGACCACUUAAUAUCAAAUGGCUUGGGACCUCGGUGACAAUCACUCCAUUGAUAGUAACUGUGGAUAUUAACAUUCUGAACAAUUUCAGAGCUCUCUCCAAGCUGAUGACCUAUCAUAAUCAAAAUAUAGAAAACAAGCUGGUCUAUGUCAACAGGCCAAAUUAUCUUGAAAAGGUGAGAGGAAAUGCUAAGAAGUACUGGAAGUUCGCUAUCACUAACGUAAUCAACAUAAUCAGGAGAAAAAAGGCUAACUUUGACUCAAUUCAGAAGCAAUAUGAGAUGUCAAAAUUACAAGAAAUGCUAUUACUGGAGAGUAUCUACGGGAUGAGCAUGGUCUCAGUGAAGCAAUACUAUUACUCCAAAGGAACCGAGCCCAAGCUUCUCAUCUUUGAAGGCACCAACCAUGAGAAGGAAUUCACAGACUUAGAGCAGCUUAAACUGGAAAUCAGAAGGGUGAAAAUAUUAUUAGAUGAGAAGAAACUAGCUUUCUGUCAGGAUAGGGCCAACAGAAGAUUUGAAAUGAUCAAGCAAGAAAUUGAGGAAAAUGAAAAUAAAAGAUCAAAGUGGACCUCAUGGCUUCCAGGCUUCGGCAAGCAAUAUACAAAUACUACCGAAGAGAAUAAGGAGGAUAAUGGCGACAUGUUCAUGGAUGAGCAAUUUGAAGAAGCCAUUGAUAGGUACACAGAAAUUAUCAAUAAGAAAGAAGAAGAUAAGGAAAAUGAUGAAAUACUCUAUCACUUCACAAUUGCUCUCCCUCUCUUUGAGCUCUUCCUAUGUAAUAAGAAGACUCCUUCUUCACAGCCACAAGUAUUCUGAAGGCUUAGAAUGAACGAAAUUAACUUCCAGAGAUCCUCCAUUAAUGGAAGAAUAGACUACCUCUUUGCCAUUGAUGAUAUUGAGAUAGUCAAUGAAGAAGCCAAACUUAAGAACUUUGAUACCAUCUUUAGAAGAAAACCAAAAGGAAUAGACUUAACUGAAGAUGAAAGUGAUGAGUUCCUCUCAAGACUCAACUCUGAUUAUGAUGACGAAAUGGAUUCAUUUGAAACAGAAAGUAAUCUUGGACUGUUUAAGAAUAUUGCCAAAAUGAAGGAUUCUCAAGAACAAUUUACAUUCUCUGAAGUGCUAGAUGAUCCGAUGCAGCUUCUUAAUAGCCAGGCAAACCCACCUUUGAUCCUUUUAAAUCUAACCUAUACUAGAGUUUCUUCCAAUCAAAUAGAUGAUGAAAACAACGAAUCAAUCUCAAAAGAUUUGCACUCUUUUGAAAAAUAUGAUUCUUCUUUGAAACUCUAUGUGCAACAUUUUGAGAUCUACAUGGAUAAGCUUAUGGUUGGAACGAUGCUCAAGAACUUCAUUAAACUCCAACAUGACUUCAUGUCCCUAGAAUCAAACCAGCGCCAAUCAUCUCAGUCAGACACUAACCUGAACACUUCAAUAUCAAGCUUAAAUCUGAGCAUGCACAAAGAAACGUCUAUCUCAACUCUGGUUAGAAAAAAUUCUCCAGCAAAGGAGUCAUAUAAAAGUAUUAUGGCUAAUUUCGGAGGAGUCUCUGUCUUUACCCCUAACACUGAGACAUUCGAGCAUGACUCUAAUAUCCUAUGCUUUCAUCUCGGAGAAAUCAAAAUUAUUAAAGGAAACCCUCAAAUCGACAGAGCACGCAGGCUCCUUGAAGAUGAGACUGAGUUUUCCUUUAAGCAUGUUCUUGAUAGGAAUAAAGCCAUUAUGAACACACUCAAUUGUGCAGAGACUAUCAAACAACUCAAGCUUUGUAAAAAUACCAAUAGUGAGCAAGUCACUUAUGAAGUAAAUGACAUUAAUGUUGCCCUUUGUGGGAUAUCUCCGGACAAUUCUGAAUUUUCAGAGGAAAUUAAGAUCAUCAAGAACUUUGAUGCAAAAGUUAUUUACGAUACUCCAAUAUCUGCAGAAGCUGACCUCACCGCAAAAAUAUACCUAGAGCUUGAUAGAAUCGAGUUUGUGAUUAAUAAGAUCCAGCUCUCUAAUCUAAUUGAGCUAUCUCAAGCAUUCCAAGAAGAUAUUAACAAAAUAUCAAGUUUAGCAGUUAGCAAGGCUAAGCUAGGCUGCGAUCAAGAUGCUAAACAAUCCUUACUCAACUCUUCAGGACUCCAUAGUCUUUCGCUAAGAUAUAGCUUAACUGCUCAUAACCAUGAGAUGUCUCAUCCUCCAAUUGAAGAGUCCAAACUCCUUGAAGAAAGCUCCGAUGACGAUGAAAAGUUCUUCGAUGCCUAUGAUGGCUUAGACGACCUAGACAAGGACAUCUACAAUCAAAUUCAAAAUAAAUAAGACUUCUACAGGCCCUGAAUUCGAGCAAAUAAAUAAGAGGAAAUCGGAAGAAUUAGCUAAAAAGUCUAGCAAAGCAAAGUUCAUAAUUAUAUCAGAAAUGAGAGGUUUCACACUCUCAAUGAUGCACACAGAAAGAGACAUAAAUUUAACCCCAAGAUCUAUUUCAGCAGAAGAGUCCCCUAUUUUUAGUGUAAAGAUGAACGUUCUCAGAAUCGGAGCUAUUCAGAGCCAAGAGUCUCUCAAAUCAGCAUUUCACAUCCAUUCUUUCCAAGUACAGCAUUAUAAUUCUAAAGUGUUGUACUCAAAAAUUGAUUUUACAGAAGAUCAUGAUCACUAUGAAGAGAGUAAGAGCAAUCAAUCUUACUCAAACAAUCAGUCGAACGCAGAUGAACCUAUUAGGCAUGAACUAGCGGAUCACUUCUUAACCUUGUCCUUUGUCCAGAAUAAAAACAACAUCAUUGUAUCUAAUUCAACAGUGAAGAUUUCUCUUGGAAGUGUAAAAUUCGAUAUUGAUAAGAAAUGUGUUGAACACGCUCUAGAUAUUAUCCCUGCACAACUUGAAUCGCUAUCUAAAGCAACCGAUAAAGUAGCAAAUACUCAUAUAGGCUCUCCUCGUGGGUCUUUUAAAGAGGAAAAAGGAUACGAGUUUAAUCAAAUGCCUACUCUUCUCCGUUCAGCUCAUCAGAUUAAAUCUGGAAGAGCAAGACAUAAUUCCUUUAUCAAAAAUUAUGUAGAAGACAAAAACAUGAGUGAGCAAAGCAGCUAUUUUAACGAGCAAGACCAUGCCAAUGAAGAAGAGACAACUACAACUAACUUAUCAAUCAGAAUUCAUUUAGACUCAAUUCAAGGAAAAUUCAAGAUUGGGCCUAGCACUUCAGUAGAAAUGAUCAUAGCAAAAGUGCAGGGCUCUUGAGUGCUCUCCAAUGGUGCUCUCACCUCCUUCGACCUUAAAAUCCAGCAAUUUGGUCUGAUAGCUCCCUCUCUGAUCAGGCUGAGCAUAACUCCUUUAAGAGAUGACACUACAAAUGCACUAGAAAUAGGAUAUAUGUUCAACAUAAACGAGGAUCACAUGUACACAGAGAACAAAACAGUGAUCAACUUGGAUAAUCUAGUUCUCACUAUUUCCACAAACACCAUUAAAACAGUGCUUACUGACCUAGAAGACUUUCAGAGCCUUUUCAAUCAAGAGAAACAGCUUCAACAACCCCAAUACAUCAAUCAAGAAAUAAAGAAAAGUCAGAAAUUGUUCAAAGAAUUUAUUUUUGAAUACAAAGCCAUAGAUAUCACCUUCCAAAACAAAGAUGAUUUAAUUGGGGUUAAUUUUAGCACUUCUAGAGGUCUUUUUAGCAAGAACAACCAGGGUACCAGCCUCAACACAGAAAAUGCAAAUAUCUCCCUCAAGAAAACAAAUGAUUUAUCAGAAAGUGAACAGAGAACAUUUCCUGUGAUGAAGUUCAACAGAAUAUUUGCCAAAGUAUCUACCAAUGAAAAGAGCAUGAAGAACAGCAACUACUUCAAUAAGCAGGCAUUCAAAAUCAAAGAAAUAUCAAUCACACUUUGAGAACAAUAUCUGACUAAUAUCCAUCAGUUUAUUGAGGACAAGAUUCCGCAGAUAGAUCUGAUUCUUGCUCGAUUCGCUCCGGAGGCUUCCCCCUCCCAAACUUCUGAUGAAUACUCUUCAGUCAAUACUUCGAAUGGAGAAAAGACUAUUUCUGAUCAGAAUAAAAACUCCAAUGAAAAUUCUAACUCUAAGACAAAUUCUAUAAAAGAGCAAUUCCAAAACUUUGCUCCAAAAGAUGAAGACAUUUCUUCUCAUAAAGGAAGUGCAAAAUCAAAACGUAACUUUAUUGAAAAGCAUGCUUUCAUUUCUUCAAAAUUCCAAACAAGCCUGGCUGCUAACCGCUGAGAGGCUCUUCUUGACUACAAACUCAUCACCAGCACCCAAAUCUCCAUCCAAAAAAUCACCCUAAAGUGGAACCACAAGUACUCCAUGGAUUCCGACCAGUUAUCAACAGACCUUCUCAACACGCCUAGUUUAAAAUCUCUUGCUGUACCUUCACAAGGCCCUCUUUUGCUCUCCAGUCAGAACCUUCUGAAGCUUCCUUCAGAUUCAGAUUCCAUUUCUCUUUCCCUGGUGGUUACUAGUAAAGCUCUGUUCUUAGGCUUACAAAAAUGGGAACUUGUUAGUGAAGACACCUCAAUAUCUCAGAGUGAAAUUGCUACUAAUCAGAUAUAUUCCUUUGUAAAUCCUCAUGUUCAGAUUACCAAAGCUAGUGUUGCUCAUUUUAGUAUUUGAACGCAAGUAGGCAAUGAGCAGCAUUCUUUGAUGACUUCAGGAAGCCAGGAACGUUUCUUAGAGUUUUAUCUAUGGAGCAAGCGUAAAUAUGAUAAUUCAGAGACUGAAGGUCGAAAAAUCUUGAAGCUUUCAGAAAAACAGAAAGUUAACCUUAAUAUCGAUCAAAUCACACUUUGUGCUAACAAAGAUGUUAUUCAAGAAACCUCAGAAGUUACAGAAGAAGCUAUCAGAAUGUACAAAAUUCAUGAGGAGAGGUUAAAAGACAAAAUUAACAAAUGGAAUAGCUCUUCUACUCAAGAAUCCCCAAAAGACUCAGUUGAAUCAACAACUCUUAAGCAGAAAGUCGUCAGGUUCCAUUGAGCGAAAAUAGCUGCAAUUCUUUCAGAAAUCUCGACUGAACAGGAUACUCUUGAAAGAAUGAGCGAAGAGAUUGAAGAUUCCUGAAGCUCUAACUUUAUGAGAGAUAGUACCAAGUAUGAUCUUGCAGCUAGUGAGAAAAACUCUGUCUACUCAAGUAAUAUUGGAUUUGGCAAAUCUCAAUUCGAGGACAGUAUUGAUCUUGUCUGCUUCGAAGUCACAAAUGCAAGCUUUAAGUUUGACCUCUGCCCAAAGAACAAUAUGCGAGAUAAUCCUAAGCUUAGUGAACUAUUCAAAGAGCACUCAAUUCCAGAAAUCAAAGGAAACUUCGACCUUGAGUUCUUUGGAUAUAACAUUGAAGAAAUCUCAAAAAUAAAGAUUUUGUACCAAACUAAAAUAAUGCUUUCUGCUUGUUCCAUCUUCGAAGAACAGGAAAAUAAGCAUAUCUUGCUAAAAUUCUUGAACAUAAAGUGAUCGGCAAUUGAGCUUGAAUCUAGCCUAAAUAUUCUACUGGAAAUCACUAACAAAACAAGUGCUUUGGUUGACCAAGCGAAGGAAAGAAGUCGACAAAUAAUGGCUCUUCUGGAGGCAAAGACUGAUGAGAGCGCUAAGAAGACUGAGCAUUCAAGGCAAAUAAAUAUAUCAAGAGCUGAUUGAUUCACUAAUCAAAUUGACUACUCUUUCGAAUUUGGUGCAGAUGAAAUUUAUAUUGCUAUUCUCAAAGAAAAUCGCAAGAAUAAGAUUCAAUGGAAGUUUCUACCCCUCUUUUCGGUAGAGAUCUUCGAAGCAAAAAUUGUUGGCAACAUUGAGACAGAAGUGACCCAAAGAAAUCAGAGCAGUCGUGUCAUAAAACAGAAGAAGCAAGAAGUGAUAUUGCCAGCAGUAGUUGAGUCCAAAGUACUCUCUAAGAAAGCUGAACUCUCUACCAGUGCCACACUUUAUUACUUUAGUUUCAAACUCAACUUCUAUGAACCGUUUAUUGAGAGGUUUGGACUAGUUGCCAGUUAUAAAUCCGAUGAGCAGAGUAAGAGCAUUUACAUAGAAAUCGAUGAAAGCUUGCCUCUGAAUGUCAAUUUGAGCACUGCUUUAUUUGAGAAUAUUAUUGUCUGUACAACUUAUCUUAAUGAAUGUAUGAUUAAGCACGGAAUGAAACCAGAAAUGAAGAUGAAUUCCCAAACUAAAAACUCUCUUUUGAACCUUGAGUCAAACAGAAAUAGCUAUGACUAUAAUUAUUCGAUAGAAAAUUUAACUGGAGAGGAGAUCCUGGUUGCAACAAGAGAAACUGACGAAUAUGUUUCUGUUAAUGCCAGUCAAGUUAUGAUGCUCGAUUUUAGCAAUAAAUACGAGGAAGCAAAACCUGGAUUAGCACCUAAAUUAAGCAACAACAGAACCACUUCUCAUAUCAAGAGCCCUUACAGAAAAGAAAACUUCAGAAUUCAGAGCAGUUUAGACGAGAGAGCCAUAAAGGUUUACCUCUUCAUUCCUAGUCUACACUCUGAAGAAUCAUCGAAGAUAGAAGAAAAUGAAAACUCUGAGAGGAUCAUUAUUGAUCUCUAUGAACUCCAACAUCGCCAAUGCAUUAAAUUUGAAGUAGGAGAUAAACAGCAGUUCUAUUUUCUCUGUCAUGAACAGAAGUCAUCCAAUGAUCAAAGAAAACUCAUUUUACGCUCCCCCAUUCAGAUUAGGAACACUCUCCAAGUUCCUGUUGAAAUUAAAUUUGAGAAAGCAGACGACUCAUACAGCCAAAAGGCUAUGAUACGGAGAGAUAGUGUCAACGAAUAUAACGACUCAACUGCUUUUAAGCUUUAUCUCGGCCCUGACUCAACCUCAGUAGUUCCAAUAAGAAUGCUAGACACUGACAAAACAAAAUACAAUGAUUUUUGCUUCAGACUAAGACCAAUCACUCUUGAUUCUAAAUCAGAUCAACAAGAAAUGGAGCAAGCUAAUUCAGAAAUAACAGAGUCAUUUGAUUGGUCCAAUGAAGCCAAAUUUGGAAUAGGAUCCUGCACUGAGCGCCAGCUGUUUGAAGCUCGACCAAUCACUUUACAAUGCAAAUCUCUUGACGAAGAAGAGGGUGAUGAAAAUAUCUAUCUAAGCACUUCUUUGACCACAAAAGUAAUGAACUCAAGAGAUGUGAUCAGGUUUAUCAGUAUCAAUGCUCCAUAUAAGAUACUCAACUCGCUUCCAUUUGAUAUGAGGAUCUUCCUCAACCCAGGAGAGUAUCCACAAGAUAAGCUUCUGUUCCAGAAUCCGAAUCUUACCGAUUUGCUCUCUAAAUCAAAGCCUAAAGAGGAAGUCAAGACGAUCCAAAGAACUUCUGAGUAUAAAGUUCCAAACUUCGAAAAGAGCACCAAAGGGCAUCAAAAGUUCAACUCUAAGUCUCAACACAAAAAGGAUUACACAAUUAUAACAGCAAUAGAAGAAAACAAAGAAGAAGAUGAAGAUGAGUCUGAUUAUGAAAACUCAAAUUUUGGACCAUCAUUCGAUCACCCAAGCUCUCACUUGUUCCCAUUUGUUGACAUCAAAUCUAGUCACGAAGUGAGUCUAGUUGAUACAGAGCCCAGUCCAGACUUGUCAAUUUCUAUCCAACCUCCAAUGUAUCGGGCCUCUAACUUCCUCAAUAUCACAAGCGAGUUAGAAGAGUCAGAUGAAAUCAACGAAGAAAUUUUACAAACAGAUGAUCAUAUCCAAGAUCUCCUGAAGAAUAGUUGAGAAUUCAGGUUCCUUAAAAAGAAUACUUUCAUUUUUCAAGUCACAAAAAUAAAUGAUAAUGACAAGCGGAAUCCCCUGAUAAACAUUUGUUGUGAUGUAACCUGAAUCCAAGGAUUCUAUAAACUACAUUUCUAUACAAAAUACUGGUUCAUCAACUCCAGUGAGCUACCACUUUCUAUACGUUUCUCUGAGAGAGAAUACGACUAUGCAGAACUCAGACUUCCUUACUCCUCAAAGGACCAUGAAUUCCACCCCAACCAGUGCAAUCAACAGACUCCAAAAAUUCAAGAUAUUAAGCAUGAAUCUGACAACAACAUCAACUUGAGACUCAACUCUUGGAAUAAAUAUCGGUCCAUAAAGCCUAUCUACGAUGGUCUUACUUCAGCAACUGACAAUGAAAAUGAUCUUCAGAAAACGACUGAUCUCCAACAUGAAUACGGUUUGACCCUCUUGGAUGUAGACUCUUCAGACAGUGAGCAAGAAGAUAAGCCCACAUUGAUCAAUCAGGUGAUGCAUAAACAGAGAAAAUCAAUUAUCAAUGAAAAGCAUGUUCCACCCUCAUUUUCUGAGGAGGAGUAUAACAAGAUCAGGACUUUCUCUAAAUUUGUAAACCAAAAUGAAGAGGAUGAUUCUUAUAUCCACUUCAAAAUCGCUCAAUCGAAAUGGAGCAAGCAUAAAUUUGAUAUUCCUGAACUACAGAAAGCCCCUCUAAAUAUCAAAGGAAAGGGAAUCGAUGACAACAUCACUAGUGAGUACAGCAUCUGCUCGAAUUUCAAAUACCUACCAUAUCCCUAUUCGAAGACCACUCUUGUCACAUUUGUUCCCAAGUACAAAGUAUACAACAAGUGCAAAUCACCCAUAUUUAUCUACCAAAACGGAUGUAAUCAAAGCAUGUGCUUAUAUCCCACCGAGAGUAAUAUCUUUAACUGGACGAAUUCAAUCAAGAAGAAGCAAAUUAGGAUUAGAUACGAUCAAUAUACAACUACUGGUCCAUUCAAGAUUGACAGAGUUGAAGAUGUCCAUCUCAAGUUCAGAAAAGUCACAGCUAGCGGAAUAGAGGGUGGAGAUGCUUCGAUCAAUCUUAAAAUUAUCAAAGUCUCAAUCAAAGAGAUAGAGUCGACUUUCCAUGUAGAAUUCACAGAAGAAGACUUCACACCUCCCUACAGAAUUGAAAACAUGACAAGGCACAAUCUCCUAGUCACUCAGCCAGCUUCAAAAGCUGAAGAAUACGAUGUCAUAAACUCUUACCAAAUAAUCAACUACGCCUUGAGUCAUCCCAUGAACGAAAAGUCAAUAAAAAUUGAUCUGAAAACGAAUAUAGGUCAGAUUCAUAUCUCUGACAUCUACCUUGGCUCGUUCAAAAAUCACGAACGAAUAAUGAUCGUUGACAAGAAGAACAAGGUUAAUUUCAUUAUCACAAUCACUCGUAAUGAAGCAACCAAGAUUAUCAGAGUUCAGGAGGAAUAUGAGUUCCAGAUAGAGGCUCAAGAGGAGGAAGACCAACUCCAACGCAGAGGGUUUCUGUAUGAUAUCAGGAUUCCAAAGUUCGGUAUUUCAUUGGUAGACUCGACAGCUCCUGAAGAAAUUGCCUACAUAUACUUUAAGAAUAUUGAUGCCACUUUUGAGAUCACCAAGAAUUAUCAGAAAUUCAAGCUCUCUGUGCUCGCCAUACAGAUAGAUGACCAAGUUGGAAAUGAAAAUGAGUGCAUAGUAUUGAAGAAGAACGGAGGUAGAGGCAAGAAUUUUAUUGAACUAAGCUGGUGGCUCGUUAAUAAUAAAGGAUAUGAACAUGUUAUACACUAUAAAGAGCUCCAUCUCAAGGUUCAUCCAAUCGAGCUUUACCUAAAUGGUAACUUCUGAUCCAACCUGUUUCAGUAUUCUGAGUCUCUACUUUCUAAUUUAUCUAUUUUAAUGAACCAGAAUGACGAUGCUAUAAAGAAACAAGAUUUUACUGAUAUGGUCCCUGAUAUAGUUAAAGACAAAGCAGACCAGCUCAAGAAUAGCAUAUACUUCGAAAGUCUGUUUAUUGAUAAAAUGAGAAUCAAAUUCUCAUUUACAAGUAACCCUGAUUUUCUGAAUCAGGCUCUUUUUAGCCCAACACUAAAAUUCUUAAUUGCAAUGAUGAUGAAUAUGAAGCAAGUUGAGCUGCAUUUCCAAAGAUAUACAAUUGCUUCUGAUCCAGUUAGUAUUCCUGUGUUCAUCUCAAAUAUUAAGAACCAUUACUUGAAUGAAUGCUUCUCUCACAAACAGUUGCUCAGAGUGCUAUCUUCUCUCGGACUUCUAGGAAACCUACAUGAGACAAUAAAUAACUUUAAAAUAGCUAUUAUCGCUCUGAUUGAGAAUCCCAACAGAGACGGCAACUACUUGAUAGUAGGAAUAGCAGGGAACCUUUAUAACUUCUUAAGAUACACCCUGUAUGCUGUCAGUAACACACUGACAGAGAUCGCUGAUAGUGUUUUCAAUGGGCUAAACUCACUUAUAAGUCAUAGAAGAUCAACCCAAACCCUUGACACAAAUACAGAUAAUUCCUUAGACAUUGAACAAGAGUUUUUGGAUAACAUCAACUCCAUUGCGGGUGCUCUAGAUACUCAGAACAAGAUUUGGCUGAAUUCUUUCCUCCAACUAGAAAACUACCAAAAUCAAGAUAUGGCUAAAUCUACUCACCAGAUUCAAACAGAGGACCAAAAAGUUGAUGAAGUUGAUAUUGAAGCACCAAAGAUUGAACUAGAAACAAAAUCGAAAAGAGACAAGAUAAUUGAUAAAAUCUCAUCUAUUCGUGGAUUCCCUGUGAGUCUCAAGCACAUUCCGAUAGCAGUGCUGUAUGCUAUUUAUCAAUUCAUCAAGAAGAUCAACAGGAAGGUUAAAUACAACAAAGGGCAAGAUGUUGAUAGGAGGGUUAGGAACCCUAGAUACUUUGGAUAUACAAAAGAACUUGAAAACUAUUCUUACAAAAAGGCACUCGCCAUCAAGAUUGUGCCAAUUGACGAUAUCACAGAUAUUUUCACUUUCAACAAGACAGAGAUGAUUUUGACUGAGAACAGGGUCCUAUGUAUCACUCAGGGCUCUGAGAUGGAAGAUCUGAACUACUGGACUCUGAAAUACUCCGAUAUACUAAGUGUAAAGCUUUCAUUGGAGAAAUCAUUUUACGAAAAUGACUCUGAAUCAAUCAACACUAGCAAAGAAGUCCAGUCAAGAAAAGUAGUUAGCAAUGAUGAGACAAGAGACAGUCAGGAUAAAUCUGUUGUUGAAAACGGUGCGAAGUUCAAGAUAGAUAUUUUGUAUUACAAUGAUACCUUCCAAUUUGGAAAUAAAGAGAUUUAUGACACGUUCAAAAAUAAAAAGUCUGCUAGACAAGCUGUAAGCAAAUUCAUGAAGGAAAUUCACAUCAGAAUUGGAGAGAUGGCAAGAAUUUCGUCAGCUCCAUUUACACUACAAGAUAUUAUAGAAGAAUAA